CAGACACUGAAGCCUUCGAGUGUGUAAAGACGAGAGCAAUAUCAAUAUGUGAUUAUAUCUUGGAAAUAAUUAAUGAUGUCGGAUAUCGACGCGGUCGCACUCGACUACCCGCACUCCAGACACUGAGAAGCCGCUGUUAGAUCGUACUUGGGUGGAGUAUCUCGCACGCACGUGAAGGAGAUCGCGCAGCAUGAUAUCCAAGCGACAGUCGGCGAGGGGUCAGGAGAGGAAGCAGCUGGGAGGCGACAGCGGCGUCAUACGCUACAGGUCGUCGCUCGCGAACACGUGCCUCGACGUGAUGCGCGCGCGCGGCUGGCGCGAGGCGCGAGACGACGGAGACUGGGACAUCUACUGGGUCGACGUCUCCAGUCUCAAGGACGUCUUCGACCGCUCGCACAUGAGCGAGUUCUCAAAGAUCUGCCACUUCCGCAACCACUACGAGCUGACGCGCAAGAAUCUCAUGGACAAGAACCUGCGGCGGCACCGCAAGCAGCUGGAGAAGGAAGGCGGGCGCGAGGCGGGCCUCGUCUGCGACUUCACGCCCUGCUCCUUUGAGCUUCCUUCCGAGUAUCAGCUCUUCGUCGAGGAAUACAAGCGCUGUCCCGGGCAGAUCUGGAUCAUGAAGCCUGCGGGGAGCGCGCAGGGCAAGGGAAUCUUCCUCUUCCAGAAGCUGAAGGACGUCGCGGAAUGGAAGAAGCCGGCACCGGGGGAGGCGGCGAAGCAGGCGGCCGCGCCUCCGCAGCUCGACGCCGCCGGGAACCCGAAGAAGGGACCGGACGUGUACGUCGUGCAGAAGUACCUCGACAGCCCCUACCUCGUCGGCGGACGCAAGUUCGACAUCCGGCUCUACGUGCUCGUGACGUCCUACAACCCGAUGAAGGUGUGGACGUUCCGCGACGGCUUCGCGCGGUUCUCCGGCGCGCGCUACAGCCUCGACUCGAUCGAGGACACCUACGUGCACCUCACCAACGUCGCGCUGCAGAAAACCGCAAAGGACUUCAACCCGGACAAGGGCUGCAAGUGGUCGAUGAAGCAGCUGCGGCAGUUUCUGUGCGCGAAGCACGGGAACGCGGUGGUGUUGGAGAUGAUGCACGCAAUCAACGACAUCUUCAUCGUCAGCCUCCAGGCCAUGCAGAAGGUGAUGAUCAACGACAAGCACUGCUUCGAGUUGUACGGCUACGACAUCCUACUCGACUCCGUCCUCAAGCCGUGGCUCAUCGAGGUGAACGCGUCACCGUCCUUCACCGCCUCCAGCAAGGAGGACUACGAACUCAAGUACAGCCUGCUCUACGACUGCUUCAGCGUCAUCGACCUCGAGCGCCGCCUGACGGGCAACGAGCGACGCGUCGGCGGGUUCGACCUGAUGUGGGACAACGGGCCGGUGUACGCGAACGAGGGGACGUCGAUCGAGUGCGUGGCGGCGAAGACAAGCAACAAGAUGCUCAAUUGUUACCUCGGGUGCGCGAGCGCGCGCGAGAGGAACCUGCGGGACGUGGUGCGCAAGGCGAGGCUGGUGAGACAGAACGAGUCAUUGCCGUAGAGGAGCGAUCGAGGGUUGGGGCUAAGCUUAGGGUUUGGUUAGGAGGCUCAGGGAGCUAUGAUUUCGGUAAUGAUCUAGGUACAGAGGUCCCAAAGAAGGAUCGAGUCACGUCGAGUGUCGCACGCGCCGUGAUAACGUGAGACGUCAGGGUGGUCGUCGUGCACCUUGGAGUGCCGUGCAACCGGGGGCGAGGGGGGUUAAUUGUGUUUAACCCACGUACCUACAUGAUGGGGGUUGGGAUUUGGUUGGGGUUGGGGCUCUGCUUAGGGUUGGGAUUUGGUUAGGGUUGAGAUUUGGUUAGG